AUGUUUUGACGCAACGUGAUGCGGAAGUCAGCUGACAACAACCACCCGUGGUUAGACUAUAACACAAGGAAAUAUUUUAAACCAGCUCUCCGGUGGUGUAUGGCAACAGAAGAGGAUGCAGGUGUCGUUCGGGUUCCGGCUUGUCUGUGUGUCCUGUGCGGGUUACCUGCCGCUGGGAAGUCCUCUCUGGCCCUCGCGGUUCUGAACGCCGCUGCACAGCACGGCUGGAGAGCUACUGUGGUACCGUACGAUGACCUGAUCCCCGAGCAUGCUUUCCAUACUAGAGUGGUGGAGGACGGUGUCAAGCUGCAAGAAAUGCACACUGAGUGGAAGUCACACAGACAGGCAGUGUUGCAGUGCAUUGAGCAGUUCUUGAAGAAGCCUGAAGUGUUGGUAGAGCUGCCGAGUAGCUGUCAGAUUAACAGUGCUGUAUGGAAGCAGUGCACUCAAGCUCUGCUACAGCCUGAAGCUUUGGACCGCUCUUGGGCUGACCGGGCAGCAUUUCUCUUUUUACUGGAUGACAACUUCUACUAUCCAAGCAUGAGAUAUGAAGUAUACCAACUUGCAAGAAAGUAUUCUCUGGGGUUCUGCCAGGUGCAUCUGCAGUGUGAUUUGGAGUCCUGCAUCAGUAGAAACCAAAGCAGGGACAAACCCAUUCCCACUGAGGUUAUACUGGAGAUGGUGAAGCGUUUGGAGCCUCCCAAUCCACAGAAGAACUCAUGGGAGAUUAACAGUGUCUUGCUCAACACAACAGACAAUUUAUCCAAAUGUGACAUCCAGAAGGUGAUGGAAUUGAUUUCCUCUUCACUGAGAACCCCACUAAGUCCAAUUGAGGACAAUACUGAACAAAAGGAGGCUGAUCGCCUGAAAUGUGCAACCAGCGUGGUUCACCAGGCUGACCAGGCCUGUCGACGCCUGAUCUCUGAAGCCAUGAAAACUGCCAGAGAAAAUCAAGCACCCCCUGAUCAUAUGAGGUCUUUGGCCACUCAGCUGAAUGAAUCCAAAGCAACAUUUCUUCACAACCUGAGAAAACAGUUCAUUCAAGAAGUGUCUUUCACUCAGGAAGAGGACAUUGAUGUGGAACGUGUGGUGAAAAGAGCAGUGGAUGUUUUUGAUCAUGAGAGAAAGGAAAUUUUGUUGAGAAUCAUAAAUGACUUUCUCAAUUCCAGAUUUAAUUGCAUCAAAAGUGAGAAGUAAAUGUGUUUAUAAUUAAUAAUAUAAU